AUGUCGUUUUCAACAGUUACCUUCGCCGCAAGCGCUCUUGCUCUAUUCUCAUCCGUCUCUGCCCACGGAACAGUCUCCGGAAUCGUCGUUGGCGGCCAAUUCAACACCGGCUACAGCCCCUCCUUCCAAUUCGCCAACCCACCUCCAGUUGUUGCCGGCUGGUCGAUCCCUGAAGACCUAGACAAUGGCUUUGUUGAGCCUUCCCAGUUCCAGAACCCAAACAUCAUUUGCCACAAAGGCGCCACGAAUGCUGGAACCUCCAUCAAGGUCACCGCCGGAAGCACUGUCGAGCUCCAGUGGACCCCUUGGCCCGAAUCUCACAAAGGUCCGGUGAUUGACUAUCUUGCCUCUUGCAACGGCGAGUGCGAAACCGUUGACAAGACCGCCCUCAAAUUCUUCAAGAUUGGCGAGGAAGGUCUCCUCGACAACAGCAAUGUUCCGGGCAACUGGGCCUCCGACAAGCUCAUUGCAAAUAAUAACACUUGGGUUGCCACAAUCCCCGCCGAUAUCGCACCAGGCAACUACGUCCUCCGCCACGAAAUCAUUGCCUUGCACUCCGCUUAUGACUCCAACGGAGCACAGAACUACCCACAAUGUAUCAACCUUAUCGUCAGCGGUAGUGGAACCGCGAAGCCCGCUGGAGUUGCCGGAACCGAGCUCUAUAAGAUCUCGGACGCUGGUAUCCUCAUUGACAUCUACAAGACGCUGGCAUCUUACGUUAUUCCUGGCCCGGCACUCUACAGUGGCGGCGCUGCUCCAGCUCCUGUCGCCAGUUCAUCUGCCGCUGGCGCCGUCUCGACUGCUGCUCCGGUCGUAAGCACAACUGCAGCCGGUGUCUUCCCAACAGCCCCUAGCCUCCCGACCGCUCCUUUCAGCAACACCUCCUUCACCUCUGCCGUCCAAACCGCAGCACCAACCGUCGUGGUUCCAGAGCCGAGCUCCGUUCCAACUUCCGUAGUCGAUGUCCCAAAUCCAUCUGGUGGAAAUGCCGGUGUGCCUACCCCUACGGCCGGACAGCCAGACAACUCACCUACUUGCAACGCCGCCGCAACCGUUACCGUAACUGCCGCAGGAGGUGCCGCAACCGUCGUAUCGACUGUUACAGUUACCGCCGCCGCCGCCACAGUGACCGUAACAGCUGGCGCGAAGCCUCUCCCAAAGGGCGCCACCUUGGAUGAUGUCCUUGCCUGGCUCGGAAAGGGCAUCAAAAAUGUCGCUGGAAAUGCCAAUAAUGGCAGACGACAUGCCAGGGCUAUUAUUGCCUAA